AUGCAGGAAGGCCCGCAUGCUCAUGCUCAUGAGGACCAGGGAAAUUCCAAAGUUAUCAGUGACUCCAAAAAGCAAGUCCCAGUUCUGGAUAGAGAGAAAAACAUUGCUUUUCUCCUGAAGGAGCUGGAUUCCCUUAGAGACCUCAAUAAGAAGCUCCAGGACAGGUUGGCGCUGAAGGAGAAAGAGUUGGAAACCAAGCUGCUGGACUCUCAGCUACAGGAGGCUGAGCAGGAGGCGUGUGCCAGUGAGAGAGCAGCAGCGUUAGUCGAGGAAAUCUAUAAGGCUCAAAGGGAGAGAGACCAGGCUGUGAUGGCCAGACUGCAUCUGGCUAAUGAGGAGAGGGAUGAAGCUUUACUUCGGGCAAAGAAGCUUCAGGAGGCGACGCUGGAGCUGGAGAAUAUUAAACCUGAAGAAAGUGAUGUGGACCUGGAGGAGUUGUUGAACAGGGUUAACAGUGCAGACUCUGCCCUCGCUAUCGAGCAGAGCGGGACGGCCAUCAUCGAACAGAUCCAGAGGGCCAGAGAGCGUCGCUCCCAGAUCACCUCAGAGGAGAUGAAAGCCGUCAUAGAGGAGAGAGAUGCUGCUUUAACCAGGUGCAAGCGUCUGGAACAAGAGCUGCUUCGUGUGAAAGAGCCGUGCCAUAAUUCUGCAAACAGCACCCGCCACCUGGCCACACAAAACAAUUGGGAAAGAGCGAGCAAGCCUGAGGAGGAGCUUCAGGACGCUCAGAGAGAACGAGAUAAAGCCCUGCUGCACAGUCACACUCUGGAAGAGGAGCUGCAAACCUUACGCAGGUAUCACAGUGUGUUGCAGCAUCAGGCUGGUGAGACCAGUCUGGACGUUCCUGCCACCUCAAACCAGAGCCAGAGCCAGAUUCAGCCCCUGCUGAACCGUCUGCAGCAGCUGACAGCAGAAUUUCAGAGCGCUCAGACCCAACUAUGUCUGACCCAGGAGAGAGAGAGGGAGGCCAAUGAGAAAGUGCAGAGGUUGGAGCGGCUGGUGGAGGUGUUACGGAAGAAAGUGGGCACUGGCAGUGUCCGGAAAGUCAUCUGACUGACUGACACAUCUGGUGACCAGGCUGCAGCGUUUAACUCUGAGCAAACAGCCGAAGCCUGGCCUGGGCAAACACAGGCUGGAAGUGGCGUUGUUUCUCUCAGCCCUGUUCUCAUUCCAGCCCAGGCUCAGAAACGCCAUCGUAAAUGUUUAACCACAUUCUCUCUGCAGUCACCAAUGAAACUACUGCUGCCAGCCCUUUACCUCCACACUCUAUCUGCUACUCCAAAGGUUUUCUUUCUUUCUUCUCCUCUCAGUCGAUUUUUACUUAACUCUGGUUAAACCAGGGAGAUUUGAUUGGACAAUUACUUUGUGAGGUACUGAGACUUUAUUUUCCAUAGAAAGCCAGCUAUUUGUUUUUUUUUUAUCAGGCUGGGGUUUUUUUUUUAUUGGAUUUGGUGGCGGACAAACUGGACUAUAGAUAUUUUACAUUUUUCCCCAAUUAAUAAAGGGAGCUAUAACAACAAUAUGCAGUGUAUCAGAUAAUAUUUAAAUAUUACAGUAUUUAUGAUCAUAAAUGCUUGUUUGGUAUUUACUCUUAAAUGUUAUUUAAUAAUUUGUUUCUGUGCUUAUCAAUUAGUGUUUUUAGAUAUAUAGACAAUAGAAAU